AUGCCUAACCUACUUGGCAGAAGCGUCUUCCACCAUGGCAAGGGCCUCCAUGCUCAUCAUCAGGACCAUAGCUCCCCUACAGAACCCACCAAUAUCCGGAGCAGUCGAUCAUUUCUCGGAUUCAUGAACCAUACUAGCAGCCGCGAAUCGGUGGGUAGUGACUCUGGGACUGAAUCUCGUGGUAUUGUGAAACGGUCUGGCGGAUCCAUGAACGAGCUGAAACGAUUCUUCCGUCCUGCCAUACUUCACCGCAAACCCUCACAAUCCACUAACAUGCGGAACGGAUCGCCCGAUCACCAUUCGCACACACAAUCUGCGAUCCCACCUUCUUCGGAAUCGUCGUUGUCGCUUUCAAAUCGAGUAAACAUAUAUCAUGAUGAUGCUAUUUUGGCCCAGAAGUACGGUAAACUGGGCAAAAUUUUGGGCUCUGGGGCAGGUGGAUCUGUACGUGUAAUCACAAGACCUAGUGACGGAGCCACUUUCGCCGUGAAAGAAUUUCGACCCCGAAGGCCAAAUGAAUUGGUCAAGGAUUACGCUAAGAAAUGCACAGCAGAGUUUUGCAUCGGUUCUACUUUACACCACCCUAAUAUCAUAGAAACGCUGGAUAUAUUCAGCGAUGCGAAACAAAACAAAUACUACGAGGUGAUGGAAUACUGUCCUAUUGAUUUCUUCGCUGUGGUGAUGUCCGGUCAAAUGACUCGGGGCGAAAUCAAUUGUUGCCUUCGUCAACUCACAGAAGGUGUCAAGUACUUACAUGAAAUGGGUUUAGCGCACCGAGAUCUUAAACUCGAUAAUUGUGUUAUGAGUACCGAUGGUCUCCUCAAACUUAUUGAUUUCGGAAGCGCGGUUGUAUACAAAUACCCAUUUGAUUCAAGUAUAACUAUGGCUCACGGAAUUGUUGGCAGUGACCCUUACCUGGCUCCAGAAGUUAUGACCUCUACCAAGCAGUAUGAUCCAACGUGCGUCGAUAUUUGGUCCAUUGGUAUCAUUUACUGCUGUAUGAUGCUAAAGAGAUUUCCAUGGAAGACACCCAAAGAUAGCGAUGAGAAUUUCAGACUAUUUUGCCUGCCUGACGAUGUUGAACACGAUUACGUGAAAUCUGCUCGAGAACAUGAACAAUUGAUGAAGCAAAGACGUCAGGAGAAGCAUAGAAGCCGGAAAGUAAAGGAAGAUACACAGGAAAGUGUUGCACACACAGAAAAGGUGAUACCGGCCAUUGAAACCGGGGAUGCGGCUGCAUCAGGCGAUGUGGCCGAGAAACGAGAGACCGAAAUUAAGCAGGAUAAAGUUCCUGUCAAAAAGGAACAGGAGCUGGAUCCUGAGAAUGAAAAUCAAUCGCACGCUGCAAAAGCAGAGAAAUCUAUUGAGAAGGCCCAAGAAACUGAAGAAACUGAUAAUAAACAUGCACCUGCGGUUCAAGAUCAGAUGAAAACGGGAACCAAUGAAUCUCAACCGGCAGGCAAAAAUCAUGCCGUCGACUCAGCGAAAGCUCCAUCAUCGUCUUUAAACCCUGAAGCUCAGCAACGAAAACACAGGAGUAGGGAGCAUGGUAAAAGUAGAAGAGUAAUGCACGGACCCUACAGACUACUGCGUCUCUUACCGCAUGCUUCUAGGCCAAUAAUGUCCAGAAUAUUGACCAUUGAUCCUAAUGAAAGAGCCACUAUGGAAGAAGUGUAUCGCGAUCAAUGGUUUUCUUCUAUUCCAUACUGUACGAAGGACCUGAAAAAGAUGGUCAGGAACGCCCCAGGGCAUACACAUACAAUUGUGUGUGAAGAAGAAGCGCAUUUGGAACAUUACGAAGGUUGA